UGCGAGGAACUAAUUGCGCUAGUGGAAUGCCGUUGCUCGUUUUUUGCUUGUGCUUCUUUUACCACUUGGCUUGUGCCAUUCCACAGAGAGCCAAUGUGAGUAUGCCGAAUUCUUAUGAGGCAGAUGUAGUGCUGGACCAGCAGGAGAUGCCCUCUUUACGUAUUGUAGGCGGUCAAAACGCCGCAGAAGGUCAAUUUCCCUUUCAAGUGUCGCUGCAAGACAACAGAAGUGGCCUGCACAUCUGUGGUGGAUCGAUCAUCUCGGCCAAUUAUGUGGUAACAGCAGCCCACUGUGUGACCAACGAACAAGGCGUUGAAUACCCCGUUACGAAAUUGAUGGUGCGUGCUGGCAUCACGCAGGUUUACAAAGGUGGUGUCAUCGUCGGUAUCGCGCAGAUCAGGCGACAUCCGCAAUACCUCAGCCCAAGCUCCAUAAAUGGUGACAUUGCACUGUUACGUCUUACACGGCCACUCACCUUUAGCGAUCGCAUCAAGGCGAUACCCUUAGCCAGGGCUGAUCCACCUACUGGUGCGGCGGUAAUCAUAUCGGGUUGGGGUCGUACAAGCGCUGAUGGGCCUCCGGCAACACAGUUACAAUACAACACGUUACGCCCUAUAACUAAUGCUGAAUGUCGAAAGUAUUUCAGCGAUGUACCACAAACGGUGCUCUGUUUAGCGCAUACUCCUGGAAAUGGUGCAUGCUAUGGUGACUCCGGCGGUCCGGCUAUCUACAAUGGUAACCUGGUCGGUGUGGCGAACUUUAUUAUUUAUCGAUGUGGUUUAAGUGUGCCCGAUGGUUAUGCAAAGAUCUCAUCGUUCCGCAAUUGGUUGCGACAAAACUCUGAUGUGAAAUGAACCGGAGGAAGCCAAUAGGUUGGGAGUAUAAUGGAAUUUAUUGAAAGAUUUAAUGGUGUAAUAUAUUUAAUUAUGAGCUCACUUGAUAUUGUCAAACCUAUGUGAAAACAAACUGCCAGAGAGAA